CGGGCCAGGUGCGGCGGAGCCCGGCCCUUCCCGCCCGCUGGCCCGCAUGGAGAAGGAGCGGGCGCCCCCCGCUCCCCCGCCGCUAGCCCCAGUCCCGGCCCCGGAGGUGCUGGGCGACGUGCUGCAGGAGCGCUACGGCCCCCUGCCCUCGGCAGCCACCAUCAGCAGGAUGAGGAGGCAGCCCUCGGGCCGCUACCUGUCCACCGAGAGGCUGGAGGAGGUGCUGGAAAGGCGGCAGGCGGCCAACGCCAAGGAGAGAGAGCGGAUCAGAAACUUGAACAGUGGUUUUUCAAAGCUGAAGAUGAUUGUGCCAUUGAUACCUAAAGACCGGAAGCCUAGUAAAGUUGACACACUCAAAGCAGCCACUGAAUACAUACGCCUACUCCACGUGAUCUUGGAAGAAACUGGAGGCUUUGAGAAACUAGAAGACCCUGCUGAUCAUGAGUUGCCUGACAGCAUUCCCAGGCCAGUGUCCUACAUGGAAGGCUUAGAAGGGAACCCCCUGCCAAACAGUGCCAGCUCUUGCCUCAGGAAUGAAAAUGGGAUGAAUACAGCUUGGACCAGCCAUACCGCAGAGAACCCUGUAUGUGUGUGGGGCAGAGGUGUAUUACCUGCUUACCUGGGGAUUGUGCAAUUCCAGAAGAAUGGAAAGCUGGUGUAUCAAACAAACCCUUAAAGCAACAAAUUCUUCUGAAUAGUCUGCAGGGGAGGAGAUGAAAAUGAACCUUUGAUUGGUUUCCACCAGCCAUCUGCUGAGCUGGCAAAAAUCCAAGUAACUUCAGAUGAGUUACGGCAACUUGGAUCAGCCCUUGGAAGGGACUUUGGACUGAUGAGCUUUUAAAGGGGUCCGACAGUCAUCUAAGUCAUACUGAACAUGUCCUGUUGUGUUGUUUAACCCCUGUGAAAAUGCUUUGAAAAUCUUGGUCCUGAGUAAUUUAUUUCCCUUCUUGCUGACCAUGCGCUUAAUGCAAUGCAGGGUGCAUGAGAGAGCUUUCAGUGGAAGAAGUAGUGUUUCCACAUUUAGGGUCUAUUUAUAAUGCCAAAUACUUGUUUGAUUUUGUUUUUUUUUAAGUUUUUAUCUGCCAGCCAAAGGUCAUCUCCUCCAGAAUUGAAAGGUAAUCGGCUUUCCAGAGGCAUCAGGCUUUAUUUCACAUGAAGGCACUGAAUUGCACAACUUUUUUGCUUUUUGGGAUGGAGUCUGAGCAAGCACUUCAUUACACUUCAAAGUUUGGCAUCUACUGUAAUCACCCUAAUAAACUGUCUAGCUGUGCAUAAGC